GAUCGCGAAUAACAGAAGCACAACUCCGAAGGUCCAGUGAACCUGCUUCUAUUUAUUCUUAUUCUGUGUGUCCAGAGCAUGGCUCGUGUCUGCGCAGUCGCCAUUGCGGUUCUGCUCGGCCCGGUUCUCUGCAGGAACCUGCCAGAGGACCCGUUCACAAAGGAGCUGUAUGUUGCGGUGGGUUCAGCGGUGGAGGUGCCCUGUAAGGGGAAGGGGGGAGAGGAGGGCCAGUGGGGGCUGAAUGGGAAGGAGCUCCACGCGGUCCUCUCCAUACGUAACACCACCCUGGAGGACCAGGGCAACUACACCUGCCGCAGCAGGGACGGAUCCCUCCUGCAGACCCUGUUCCUGCGCCCUGGCUACCCUCCGUCCCGACCGCAAGUGAAGUGCUGGUCGCCUAGUUACCCUAAACACGCCCUGUGUUCCUGGGGCGAGGGCCCCGAGCCACUGCUGCCGACACGCUACACUGCCACCUACGAGACGGGACUGCGGUGGGGUCACUUGCUCCAGCCCUGCCUCCCUGUCCCUGGCCUGAGGCACCACUGUCAGCUGAACAUCAGGAUGUACCACCAGGACGCCCACAGCAUCAACGUCACGGCGACCAACCCGCUGGGCAGCGCCUACACCAUCUUCAGCUUCAUGGUGGAGGAUGUCGUGAAGCCGGACCCCCCAGUUGACGUGAGGGUGGUCCAGGACUCAAAAGCGAAGACGCUGUCCGUCACCUGGGCUCCUCCCCCUUCCUGGACUACCCCCGCCUUCUUCCCACUGAAGUACAUGGUUCGGUAUCACACCGGCAACAGCAAGACAGCUCGCAAGCUGGGCCCGUUCCUGUCCCCGGCCAUGGCCCUGAAGGGGCUCCGCGGGGGCGAGACCUACACCGUCCAGGUCUCCGCCCAGGACCGUCUGGUGGGACAGAGCAGCGACUGGAGUGCGCCGGUGAGCGCCACGGUCCUCCCCCGCGGACACGCCGGCCAGCGCUGAGGACACGCACACAUGCUCAUGGCUGUGCUUUCUGUCCAAUGACGACCGUCCUCUCCUUCUUCGGCGAUGAUAUAUAAGGCCAAUUCCUGAAGCUCAGUUUCAGUUGCAGUCAGGGCAUGUGUGGAUGGGGAACGCGCAACACACAGGUGUGCACACAAACUCACACGCAGACACACACACACACACACAUGCACAUGCACUUGUAAAGCAUGCAUCGACAAAGGCAAAGGUUAGCCAAUGUUUAUAAUAAUGUAAUAAACAUUUUGCUAUAUUUUUUUCGAGCUUUUAAAAACAAUCAGAGUGAAAAUUGCUCUCCUUCUCAUUGUCAUGUCUUUGUUAAAUAAAUAAAUAAAUAAAUAAAUAAGCAUUUAUUUAUUUAGCACAAAACAGAAAUUUCAGUUUGAAAUCAUCAUUCGUCAACAAUCAGUAUAAACCAUUUUCACCUCCAAAGUGCUGAACACGAAAUGAAUGUAGAUGCAGGA